UGCAUUCCACAGUCAGAAGAAUGAGUCUCAGAUGGCAGACGCUGGGGUGGGGAGGCAGCCGGGGGGCCCCUCCUCGCAAGGCGUGAGCCCCUGAGCGCCCCUGUCCCUCUCCAGGUCCGCCAUGUCAUCUGAGCCUCCUCCCCCAUCGCAGCACCCCACCCACCAGUCCUCGGCCGGGCUGCUGGAUACCCAAGAGGCCCGAGAUCGCUCACCGUCCCCGCUUCGGGGCAACGUGGUCCCGAGCCCACUGCCCACUCGCCGGACAAGGACCUUCUCAGCGACGGUGCGGGCUUCACAGGGCCCUGUCUACAGAGGAGUCUGCAAAUGCUUCUGUCGGUCCAAGGGCCACGGCUUCAUUACCCCGGCCGACGGCGGCCCUGACAUCUUCCUGCACAUCUCCGACGUGGAGGGGGAGUACGUCCCCGUGGAAGGCGAUGAGGUCACCUAUAAGAUGUGCUCCAUCCCGCCCAAGAACGAGAAGCUGCAGGCUGUGGAGGUGGUCAUCACCCACCUGGCGCCGGGCACCAAGCACGAGACCUGGUCCGGCCACAUCAUCAGCUCCUAGGAGAGGCCAGAGGCGCCUCUUCCCCAGGGCUUGGGGGAGACUCGGAGGCAGGACCAAACUGGAGAGGACAUUCUACCGCUUGAGAUGGGGCUUCAAGGGGGGAGUGUGGUCCCUUUCAAGUGUCUCCUGAAGGAAGGGGUGUGCAGUGCUCUCGGCCACCAGCACAGCCUCUCACCAUCUGAAACGCAUUAAAAGCAUUGACAAAGGAGAGGCGCCCA